AUGGUGUCUUUUGAGUACUCUUGGAUUCCUUCUAAGUGUGAAAGAUGUAAGCAUUUAGGCCACAAGAAAUCAAGAUGUCUGCUCCUUCAUGAAACUAAAGCUAACACUCCAAACUUUGUGGAUACUAGAGCAACCGCUGAUAUAGCUUAUGAAGUUGUUAAUACUAUAAUUCUAGACAUUCCUUUUGUUCCCCCUAUAGAAGCAGCCAAUAAAGUUUCAAAUGAUGUUGUUGCUGCACAUGUUGCAGUUUUAUCUACUUCAGCCUUAUUUUGUGAAGAGAUAGAACCGGUGGCAACUCAUGUUGCUAAUCUAAUUGAUUUAGAUCAUAUCAAUGCUUUAGAAAAUGCCAAUGCUACUCCUUCGUUUGGUUCUCCUCCUGAUUUGGUAACCUUCUCAACUCCUUUCUCAGAUUCAUCUGCUAAUGAUGAAAUGUCUUUGGAAGCAAUCCUCUUAAAAGGACAAGAAGAGAAGAAAUGCAAUGGACCAUGGUAG